CCUCUUCACCUUCACGUACGAAGCAAAACCCAGCGCCGUCCUCACCUUCGAUUCGCACCCAAAACGCAUCAACCCAGCGCCGUCCUCACCUUCGCAAGAACCAGCGCCGUCCUCUCUCUCAACUCACCACCAGCGCCGUCCUCUCUCUCACGAACCCUAACUCCAAAUCGAUUCAGGUUUGUGCAGCAUUUGUCCAGCUGAUUGAAGUCCGUCCGUCUGUCUUGGAGCCACAUCUAAGGAAUGUGAUUGAAUAUAUGUUACAAGUUAACAAGGACCCAGAUGAAGAAGUGGCCCUUGAAUCCUGUGAAUUUUGGUCGGCAUAUUGUGAUGCUCAAAUGCCACCAGAAAACUUGAGAGAAUAUUUGCCUCGUCUUAUUCCAAUAUUGUUGUCAAACAUGGCUUAUGCAGAUGAUGAUGAAUCACUUAUUGAAGCUGAGGAAGAGGGUUCUCAACCUGAUCGAGAUCAGGAUCUUAAACCUCGAUUUCAUGUAUCAAGGUUUCAUGGAUCAGAUGAAGUAGAAGAUGAUGAUGAUGAUGUUGUUAAUACUUGGAAUUUACGGAAAUGUAGUGCAGCUGCUCUAGAUAUUCUCUCGAACGUGUUUGGAGAUGAGAUCCUUCCCACUCUGAUGCCUUUUUUUCUUGAUUGGCAAAUUGGAUGGAGGUGUUCGAUGAUCCCACGUCAUUAACCGAGGAGGAGAUGUAUGAAUUGCGAAACAACUGGGCUACUUGUUUUCUUGACCUGUACAAUCCCGAGGUAGAUUAUGUUGUUUCCGAUGAUGAGGUUUAUGAGCUAGCUAGUUACAAUGGAUUCACAUUAAUUAGGAUGUUUUGAAUUGUAAUGACUUGUAUUUUGCUUGAAUGUUAUAACAUUUUGGAUUGUUUUGGUAUUUUGCUUGACUUGUAAGACUUGGUAUU